UUCCAUUUGCCAUUUGCACGACAAGUGAAUUUGUCUGCUCAAUUGAAUGCUUGCCUGACUUACGAGCAAUUGAUACCAGUAAAUACUGUUUUUUUGAGUAUUUGAAUCAUUUUCACCGCUGAACGCUUCCAUUGCUGUGACGCGAGAACGUUUGUGUCUUAUCUUUUCACCGUGGUAAUUGUCUUAUUAUAGUCUUUUUUGCACUUUACGGUCUUCUCAUUCUUACUUCUCUGUGAUUAAUGACAGAAAGUCUUGCGAUUAUGCCAAAUGACCGUGUUAAACAAGACCUGACUGGAACAGAAGAUACUGUUUUAGAUGUUUAUAAGACUCCGUCCAAAUGUUCGGAAGAAAGUAAAGAAUUUCGUCCGUCCUCAAGCAGCAUUUCUACUUUGCGAAGCCGACAUGUUUCAAAAGAACGGUCGCACAGUGUUGAUCUUCGAUGCAGUGCUCAGUCUUCUGCAAAAAACAGCCCUGCUAAAGCAGAACAGCCGCUGAAAUCUGCAGUAUACACUCGUAUGAAGGUUGCCGGUGAGGGAAAGUCAUCUAUCAAUAUGGAUCCGUUAUUGAAUGCGAAGUUUCUUCAUCCUUCAACGGCCAACAAUGCACGUCCUUCAGCAACCCCGGGCACUCCGAAACCGGAGAGCUCUCGUAGAAAACGGAGACUUCGUUCCUUUUGGGAUUACCUAAAACUGGAGCUUACGGAACCUGAUAUGGUUCAAACAAGCUCACUUAAAAAGAUCCGUGUUGCCAACUUUCUUAAGGUCCCACUUGCUAUAGAAAAAACAUUCUUGUUUGGUUGGUUAGUUUGUGUGGACUGUUUCCUGUAUAUAUUCGUUUUGUUUCCUUUCCGUUUAGUCAUGACUUUUUUUAUGCUUUUUCUAAACUUUCUCUCGAUGCUUUGGUCAUUCAUCCGUAUACGCCCGAGAAAUCACAAAUUUCAUCUGUCUUUGUGUCAGAAAACUGACAUCUUGAAGUUUUUACUGGUCUGUUUAACUGCACGACUACUACAUAACUUUGAUGCAAGUCGAGUUUACCAUGUUAUCCGGGCUCAGGCAGCUAUUCGUUUUUACGUUCUGUACAACUUAUUAGAAGUCGUUGACCGACUUUGCUCUGCAUUCGGCCAAGACUUACUGGACUGCUUGUUUUCUCUGGACACUCUUCAGUUUCCUUUUACUUCUGCUUCUGGCUGGCUACAUUUAAUCUGGUAUUUUGGGUUAUGCGUGGCAUACAUGGUUUUACACUCUCUCGUCUUGCUUUAUCAAAUACUUACUCUCAACGUUACCAUCAAUUCCUACUCAAACAAUGUGUUUGGCCUCUUGAUCUCCAACCAAUUUGUCGAAAUCAAAGGCGCCGUCUUCAAAAAAUUCGAAAAAGAGAACCUCUUCCAGAUUACUUGUUCAGACAUUAUUGAAAGAUUUCAAAUAACAGUUAUGGUGAUCGUUGUCUUUCUUCGCAAUGUGACCGAACUUUAUGCAACCUCUUCACCUACGGUACCACUGUUCACUUAUACGAAAUUGAAGAAAUUAGUAAUGCCUUUCUUGUGGGUCAUUGGAUCAGAAUAUUUUGUUGAUUGGUUGAAACACGCAUUUGUUACAAAGUUUAACUACAUACGCCCUUCCAUCUAUGCACGAUUUACUGAUGUACUUUGUCAUGAUUACAUUAAGGUGGAACAAGAUAGUGUCUCAACUAGCACUGGUCGUUCACAGUUCGUCGCUCGUCGGAUGGGUCUCCCUGUCUUGCCGCUUGCUGUUGUUUUCAUUCACACUCUUGGCCAAACUUGGUCAAUGUUUCAAUCUGCUCGAGAGCUGCAUCGAGACCUGGACAGGUCAGCUGCUGGAUUUUUGCCUGAUCAGUUUGCCAUGUCUCGACAAGAUAUUAUUGGGGGUAUAAAAGACUUUGCGAGCGAAUCUUUCUGGGAACAUACAAUUUUGUCUGCCUUUUCUUGGGCCAUUGUAGUUGGUAUUGUUGUUGUCGUCGUCGUAAGUGUCAAAGUGACAAUCGGCAUGAGCAUUUACGGUUUCGCUCAGUCAAGAGUAGAUGGAAUUCAUCAACGUGAACGGGAAAGCAAUGCCUGGGAAAAGGAAAGAAAGGCAAAUAAUUGGUUUCGUGGCCAUAUUGAAAUCGACAAACCUACAAAGUCGUAUUUAAAUGAUCCUGCUGACGACUUAGCGACAGAUAAGAACAAGUCGUUUUGGAGUUUGGAGCGCUACUCUAUGGUAUCAAAGAGAAUAUGGUAAACAUGGAAUGCGAUUCUAAAAACGAUUGACGUCGCAUGAUUGCCCUCAACACUCUACCAUUAAGGUGGUUUAAAUUGUCUAAUUCGAGCGUACCCUAAACGCAAACGAUAAUUACCAACAGAUUGCACUUCCCUUAAGUUCUCUCACUGCCUUAUGAAAACACAUAUCUAUAUUCAUCAACCUCAUAAACUACACCUCCUCUAGUGUGCUUUUUUCAAAGCACUAUCAACAUUCUCCUUAGGUCCUUUAUUCUGUUACGUAUUAGCGACGUUUACGAACUGUUACUCUGAACAUCUCAGAGUUGUUAUUAAGUGACACUGCAUACCUCGACAACCAAAUUGCCUUUGGUGUACAUUUUGUUUAUGAUCGUCUGUCGUUGAAUCAACUGAAGAGUUUCCUGAGCCUUUUCAAAAUUCUUCUGAACCUUUACAGGGUCCGUUUCAUUUCUUCCCUCACGAAAUGCGUCACGAAUUCGACGAAGGGAGAACUCUCUGAAACUGUACGGGAAUUGCUUCGACGUGCGAAUCAAAUUGCGAUACAGAUGGACAAAAACUUUCUUUUCUACAACCAUUCUUGAGCUACAGGAACUUUCCUGACCAAAACAAUUCGUUUUUUUAUGUUUGGGGUGUUUGUUAAGUUGUUCUGGCAGUAAAGUGGCACACCUCCAAAUAAGAAGAAAUUUGCCUUAACAAAAGUACAAAUCUUAGUUUCUGCGACAAUCUGUUGUUCCUUUUGU